AAAUUUCUGCGCAGCUGUUCAACAGCACAUGAUUUAGUUCUAGUAGUACAACUACGCCGAGCUUUUCCUUGUAGUGCCCCUCGCCACGCCCCCGCUUGGACGCUCUCUUUGCGUUUCUUUUUAAGUCACCAAGAUCGCUAGUUGUCGAGAAGUUUUUCAUCUGUGCUUUUCUCUUUCUUGCGCGCAGUCGAAAAUCAAUUGCGAUCGAAGUGAUACAAAGUAGCUGCGUAGUUGAAGUCAGCAUCAACUUGUUGCGUAUGUGCAAUUUCCUCUCUCGUGCGACAGGGGUUUCCUCACAUUGCAAUUUUGACAGCAGACAUGCAAUAGCUGAAAUAAUCCGUUUUCUGCCUGGUAUGUGACCGUACUACAGCUACUGUCACAGUAGUAAGUCUAUUGAUAGGCUUCAUUCUCAGCUUCCAUAACUAUGUGCUCUACAAGCGUUUUGGUCUUUAGUCAUGUCAACUUCUGUACGUUUGGACAGAAUCUGAAACAGGACAAAAUCUCAGGAGCCUAUUCUACCCCUGGACAAGAGCUCGCUUAUGAGAACACUGUGAUGUGAAUAAGUUUUCGAACAUGAGCUCAGAGAACGGGAAUGCCUACCAUGGUCCUCAGCAGUAUCCACAGAUGCCAUUGGUGCCUUCUUAUUAAGAUAAUGUGCUCUGUCCUGCUGCUCUGGACUGAAGACAUGGACGCACUGUCAGACUUCUCAAAGUAUUUGACAGACAUCAUCUCUAGCCACUCUCUGUAUGGCUGUGAGGGGGACGCAUUGCAACUCCAGUGCCCAAGACACUCCACCAUCUCCGUCCUCUCUGCUUACUAUGGACUGGCAGACUUUCAGCUCUGCCCCAGUCUCCUUCCCACUGCUCUACUAGGCAAACAUCUGAACAUAUCCUGCAAUGCUACGACCGCCUUACAGAAGAUACUGUCGGAAUGCCAAGGCCACAGACACUGUCUUCUCCAGGUUAAUCAUCGUGUAUUCGGGAGGGAUCCUUGUCCUGGACACUCAAAGUACCUUUAUGUCACCUACAAAUGUAAACCAAUGGAACACAAAAGAAGGGUGGGUUGUGAGGGAGAGAACGUCCUACUGCACUGCAAACAUCCCCGAGUUUUGAUCGUUUACUCAGCGGUGUAUGGCCGACAGGUGGAAGACAAAGAUGUUUGCAGUUCGACCUAUGAACCGCCUCCAUUUGAAUGCCUCUUCUUUGGGGCUGCACACACAGUGUCUAAGAAAUGUAAUGGAAAGCAAAGGUGCUUUAUCACAAUCAGUGACCACAUUUUUAAGGACCCGUGCCCACCAAGAACAACAAAAUAUCUCACGAUUCUCUACUCCUGUGUACCACAGGUAUUGGUGAAAGAGGUAGACCCAAACAUUUUCAAAUCAACUGUGAUACCGCAACACAACAUUGUGAGAGAUUCUCUGGUAACUCCAAAGGUUGAAGGUUCGAGGCUGCCAGAAAACCGUGGGAUUAUCCUGAGCAACUCACUGACGAUAUACGGUCACAUAAAAGAGCACCCGGACAAGGCUGCCUUACUCUUCAUCUCCAGCGUGUGUGUGGGCCUGCUGGUUCUACUCCUAGCCGUGUCUGUACGACUGUCCUGCAACAGCACCACGCACACCUGGAAGAACCACAACUUAAACAGGACACUGUUGAGCCGGGUAGAAGACACGAGUGAGGAAGACAAUGAUUCUGAUGAGACGGACAGUGAGGAGAGUGCUGAUGAAGAGUCAGUGACUCUUAUGGACAGCUCUUUUCUGUCAGGAAGUGACAGGAAGCCAUUGUACUGCUGGGAGGAGGUGACAUACACCACAGAGGCUGCCGAGCUCAUGGAGAGGAUUGAGCGGCGAGAGCUGGUGAUUCAGGAGAUCUGGAUGAACUCUUACAUGAAUGGUGCCUCAUGUGGACACCUUUGACCUAUACCCUAAAAAUAACAAAAUCUACACACUGAUGAACACUUCCAAACAAUAUAUAAAGUUGAUAUUAUAAACAAACUCAGUUUAUCAGUGUGCAGAGUCGGACUUUGCAACAUCUUUGUAGUUUAAUCAUUUUGGUCCAUCACCUACUUUGGCACCAUAGCCCCUUAAUGCAUGUCGUACCUCCGCUGGCACCCUGUAAUAGUCAUUGAACAGUUAACUACCAUAGUACUACAAUGACAGCCUUUAGUAAUGUACUACGUCAUUGGUAUUCUGGUGACAGCAAAUUUAUAACGCCGUGUCUAAAUGGCCUAAACCUACUCACUGGAACAGUAUAGCACCUGAGCCCUGCGGCAUUCAUGAUGAUCUCCCUUGGGGUAAAGCACAUUUUAAAGAGCUAAACAGGAGCAAAACCGAUUCAGAAUCCUACAUCAUUCUUAGAUCAUUAGGAGAACAAACUACAACGGCUUUCAUUCACAUUUGCAUCAAACUAAAACAAUAAAAAAUAUAUUAUAUCGUCAACUUUUGUUCAUACAUCAAUUCACACAGUAGCUGCGUCAGAGCUUUCUGGAGCCUCGAAACAGCAUGAUAUCAUUGAGAGAGAGAGAGAGAGAGAGAGAGAGAGAGAGAGAGAGAGAGAGAGAGAGAGAUAGUCUUCCCCAAUAGGAAAGAUUGUGUGUGAGCCCCUAUCAUUUCCACUGGAAGGGCCUAGGAGAGAGCUUAGCAACAACAUCCUGCCUGUAAACAGCACUGCAUCUCAGCUGUGCCAGCACCAAUGGCACGGACAAAGAGAGGAAAAGGAGGGAUACAUCCUCACUCUGACUGAAACACUAUGACAAAUAACCGGGCCAGGGCCUCCUCAAGAGAUCGGCUGAGU